AGAAAGUAUGCAUUUUAAAAUAAGCAUAGCCAUAGUAGUAGUUAAAGUUUUAGCCAUGAUAGCUUUACAUACUCUACAGGUAUCAUGCCAAGUCAACUUGACAGCAAACUUUGAUACACAAGACAGUAUCAUCGAAGGAACAAUAAUUACUCUGACGUGCAGAGUUGAGGACCGUAACAAUGGACAUGGAGCAACAAUAAUAAGUGGUAGCCAAGCUAUAUUCAAUUGCCCAAGUUUCAAUACAGUUCAUAGCAAUAGAAUCUACUUAGUGCACAUACAUUUGCACACUGCCAUAGCAGAGUGUGGAGAGCUCGUUUUUGGUCGAAUAGUGGAGGUGCAAAAUGGAACAACAACUGUGUACAUUGCCCAAAUCUAUAUCGUCACAACAAUUGCCAUGAACGGAGGAUAUGUAGAAUGCAGUGAACUCGGACAGGAUGGUAGUCAACAAAUACAGCUGUCCAAUAUCAUAGUUCUUCUUGGUCCUCUUGCUGUGAAGUUUCCAUCUAAUGAUACAUUUUUCAUUUAUUGGAACCAAUCCAAUGAGAGUGCCACUCGGAUUGCACAUUACUCCAUCAAUGUGACUGGAGAGGACUGUGGUAACUGCACCAACCUUGAUAGGAUUGUGAGCAAUGUCACUAACCAGCUUUCAUGCACUGGGUGGGAGCCCAAUGGACAGGUUUGCAAUGUUACUGUCACGGCAGUCGCUUCUGUACAACGAUUGAACUUUUCAAGUCUAGCCACAGUCUAUUUACAAACUCCCACGGCUCCUUUCUUGGAGGAACUAAUACCUGUCUAUUCAUAUGACCGCGAGGAACUUCAAAGCGUGGAAAUAUUGCUGGCUGCUGACUCCACUGUUGACCCUAAUGACCUUCCCAUUACGUUUCAAGUGAAUGUGGAGCGUUCUAGUCAGGACGAUAUUCCAAUUAGCUGCUUUUUCAAUUUUUCUGCCAAAAGUAAAUGCAGUACAACUUAUGCUCAAAAAUAUCGCUGUGGAAUUAAUUUCUCUGUUAGGCGUUGUUCGCAGUUACUUUUUCAACAAGAACAAGAAGCAGCCAACUAUCAAAUCAGAUUCUUUGCAGAAACUAGCAUCGGGAGAUCUCUAAGUGCAAAUUCUAGUGUACUAGCUUAUGCUAACUUAGCGGUGCGGCUCUUGAUUGAGCCACAGCAAGCCCAAGAAGAGUUUAGUUACAUCUCUAUCAUCUUUCAACAAAUACAUGCGAAAGUUAGUUCCAAGAUCAAGUAUGGUCCCAACUGCCAGGCUCUUGACAAUCAAGCAUCUAGUGUUGAUUUUAUUGUGACUACAGUGACGUUUCCUGUUUCUAUCACUGACAAAAUUUGCUUCAUUGUCGUAAUCAACAACACUUUUCAGUCUUAUAUAAUUCAAGGAAACUUUACCAUAAUAAGCAAUGAAACAUCGACGACUUUCUCAGGUACAUCAGAUUUAACCACCUCCGAUUCAACUACUUCUUUUUCAACUAACUAUGAUUCAACCAUCUCAACACUACUGGUGAUAAUUGGAUUUCUUACCACUCUUUUUGUUGCCGCUUUGCUAGUCAUUCUAGUGCUGCUACUAGUAUACCUUUGUAAACGAUGGCAACAAAAGAAAUCUGAAGAUAAGUAUAACCUGUCAUCCUGGCAAGAUAAUGAACAAAUUAAACUCAAGAAGUUGUGCAGUAGGCAGUAGAUCAUGCACACAGAUAUGCAUAUAUAUAGUGCAUAAUUAUAUAUAUAUAUGAUAGGCAACAUCUCAUAUAAUGUAACAUCAGCUAAUGACGCACCAC